AUGGCACCAACAGAAGCAGAACUUCUUGCAAAUUACCUCAUACAGCCAUCUCCUUUGACCGCUAUCGUCACACUCGAGCAAUUCAAGACCCUCUUUCCCCGUCCACUGCAGUCCUCACCUCAGGUUCGAUCACUCUUUCGAGAUCUACAAGCUCAACGCGCAGAUCUUCUCGACCAAGUCGCCGAAAACAUCGCACAUGAAGCGAAACGGGGGAUCACAAUGCGACGAGAAGUCGUGCGGGCUAAGCGCGAGGCAGAGCGAGAGGAUAUAGACGCCGAGAUUGAGAUGGAGCGAGCACUAUUCGGAGAUGUUUCAGGUGCAGCGAGUGCCAAACAUACUCUCAACUCUGUUAUUCCAGAACUUGAGGGUGCCGCAGGUGUACUACAUGCCGAACUUGCACAUUUGAAAGAGGAAGAAGCAACCUUGCUCGACUCUGUACAACAGACUAUAGGAGCAUUGAGCGAUCUACGAUACGGGAAGUUCGCCAAUGGUCGAAUAGGCGAGGGGGUCAUUGAUGGCCUCAAAAACGUAGAAGCAGCUUGCGAAAACAAAUCAUGA